CUCCUCUCACCAGUUAUCAUCAGGUCUUCUUUCUUUCAUUUUUGGCAACCCGCAAGCAAAGGUCAUUCAGCUGUGCAGGGAACUUCUGAGACAUUUGUCUCAUCAACCCCUCAACUAAUAAGAUUAUGGCUACCGGAUUUCAAGACACAUCUCGGAUUGUACAUGAUUUAGUCCAAAAGAGUAAAUUAAUCAGUAAAGGUCCACCUGCACGAUAUCGUCUUCUGACAGCCAGAAAGAACCUUGAUAAUGAUGGCUCAGUGGAAAAAUGGACAUUUGGAGAACGAGACAACAACAUGCAAAACAAAAUUUUACUGUUGGUAGGAGAAACUGGAACAGGCAAAACUACUCUGAUCAAUGUCAUGGUGAAUUAUAUACUCGGGGUGAAGUUUACAGAUGAAGUGUGGUUUGAGAUUACACAAGAGGGAGGAGAGAAUCCCGUGUCAGAUCAGACAAAAAGUCAAACAACAAAAAUCAUUGUAUAUGAGGUUUUUGCCCAAAACAACACGACCUGUCUUACCAUUAUUGAUACUCCAGGUUAUGGAGACACAAGGGGAAGUGAAUAUGACAGAAAGAUUGCUGAUAAUCUUUACACACUUUUUCACACUAACAGCGGAGCAAAAGAAAUCGAUGCAGUGUGUCUGGUAGUGAAGGCAUCUCAGAAUCGACUCUCUGACAGACAGCAAUACAUCUUUGAUGCAAUUUUGUCCUUAUUUGGUAAAGACAUAGAGAACAACAUUUUCAUUUGUAUCUCUCACUCAGAUGGAAUGCCUCCAGAUAAUGCUCUUAAUGCCAUAGGGGAAGCAGCGAUUCCCUGCAGGAAAGAUGAACAAAAUGAAAUUGUGCACUAUAUAUUCAACAAUCGUCAAACUUAUAAGAGGAGCAAAAUGUACAACAGAGCUCUUCAGGAAGCUUGGGAAUUAACAUAUGUCAGUUUAAUGCAUUUAUUUGCCUCAUUGAAAGAGGGGAACAGAAAAAGUUUAGGGCAGACUGAACGUGUUCUGACUGAGUCCAAACAACUUGAGUCAUGUAUUAUGAAUCUACAAAACCGUAUUCAGUUUGUAGACUACAAAGGGAAAGAACUGGCUCAGAUUAAAAAAAACCUUGGAGAAAACCAAAAAAAAAUUGGAAGAAACGAAAACUUUGAGUUAACAGUCACCAAAUAUUACAAAGAAAAGGUUCCCAUUGAAAAUGUUUCUUGGAAGGACAGAAAUGUGACGAGUUGCUCUGUCUGUGAGGAAAACUGCCAUGAGUAUGGCUGCUGGUGUGCCCCCAAAGCUAAAAUGUGUGAAGUCAUUAAGCACGGGUACUGCACUUCAUGCUCUGGUAAAUGUCACUACACUAAACAUGUCAAAGAAAACAAGAAAUAUGUUAUACUCAGUAAAGAGAUCGUAAUGACAUACGAUGAGCUUAAAAAACAAUUUGAAUGUAGCAACUAUAAAGCAUCAGAUAUUAAGUUUGAUUCCCAGGCUGUUGAAAAAGUGAAAAAGGAGAUUGACAGCAAUAAGAAACAGGAAGAGGAGAUAAACAUAGAGAAGAGAGUAAAUGAAGACCUGAUCAAAACCAGAAAGGAAAAAGUUAAACUGGUGGAAGAAGCGUACACCAGCAUCAUAAGACUUUCUGAGAUUGCUUUAAAGCCAGACUCUGCUUUCAUUGUUCAGGCCAUUGACUUUCUGAUCCCACAAGUUGAGGAAAUUAAAAAAAACAUUUUUGCUCGUAAACUGAGAGAGCUGAGGAACAUUAAGCCUGAAUCACAGGAAAGGGUUAAUGCGGUAAUGGAGUAUGCAGGACCAGGUUUCAAUCAGCAGAAAAAAUGAUGAAAAAGUGAAAAAACUGGUGAAAAGAAAAAUAUCAGGAGAUGAAACAUGACCAUGUAACAUGUAAUAGAGUUUUAAUUGUGAAUGUAUGUGAAU